GUUCUAUGAUCAUGGACACAAACAGCUGAUGUUGUUGUCAGUGUGUGUGAUUUGUAGGUUAGGAUUGUAGUGAUGUUCCAUUUAAGUAACAACUAGAAACUAGUUAUAGUUGUUAAGUGAAUAAUGAGCGAAAUAGAAUUUUCUAUGCUCUAGGUUGUAGGCUGUAAGGAGCUGGAGGUGCCAAAUUCCAGAUGGGGCAGGCAAACAGCCAACUGACGCAUGAGGAGCUGCAAGAUUACCAGGAUCUCACCUAUUUCACGAAAAAGGAAGUUCUUUUCGUCCAUCAAAAAUUCAAAGCUUUGGCGCCGGAAAAGGUGGGCCAUAAUAAAAAUGCGAAACUCCCAAUGGCCAAAAUCCUCCUCUAUCCCGAAUUGAGCGUUAAUCCCUUUGGGGAGAGGAUUUGCCGGGUGUUUAGUUCUAGUCAAGAUGGCGAUUGCACUUUUGAAGAUUUCCUAGAUAUGAUGUCGGUUUUCUCCGAAGCUGCCCCCAAAUCUGUUAAGGCUGAGCACGCCUUUCGGAUCUUCGACUUUGAUGGCGAUGAUAUGUUGGGGGUGUCUGAUUUGAAACUACUGAUCAGCAAAUUGACCGGAGAAAACAAGCUGGGUGAAAGCGAUUUGAAUAUGUUGGUGCAAAACAUUCUAGAAGAGGCUGAUCUGGAUGAUGAUGGCGCUCUGUCUUUUGCGGAGUUUGAGCACAUUAUUGACAGGUCUUCAGACUUUUUAAACUCUUUCCGUAUAAGGUUGUAAUGGAUCAAUACUCAACUCGGACAAGAAGAAUCUCAAGUGAAUAGCUUUAAGCUGCCGAUCUCAUUUUUCCUUUUCCGCUUCUUGUGUGCUCUCUAGGUACAUUAAAGCCACAUCAAACUAA